CAACAGAGAGAGCCCUCGACCUGGCUUCCGGAAGCGGGAGAGCUGGAGCUCUGAAGCUACCCUGGUCAAAGGAUGCUGAGUCCGGAACGCCUAGCCCUACCGGACUACGAAUAUCUGGCCCAGCGCCAUGUCCUCACAUACAUGGAGGAUGCAGUAUGCCAGCUGCUAGAGAACAAGGAAGAUAUUAGCCAAUAUGGCAUUGCCAGGUUCUUCACUGAAUAUUUUAACAGUGUAUGUCAGGGAACUCACAUUCUUUUUCGGGAAUUCAGCUUCAUCCAAGCCACCCCUCACAAUAGGGCAUCAUUCUUACGGGCCUUCUGGAGAUGCUUCCGAACUGUAGGCAAAAAUGGUGAUUUGCUGACCAUGAGGGAAUAUCACUGCUUGCUGCAAUUACUGUGCCCGGAUUUCCCGCUGGAGCUCACUCAGAAAGCAGCCAGGAUUGUGCUCAUGGACGACGCCAUGGACUGCUUGAUGUCUUUUUCAGAUUUCCUUUUUGCCUUCCAGAUCCAGUUUUACUACUCAGAAUUCCUGGAGAGCGUGGCUGCCAUCUAUCAGGACCUGCUGUCAGGCAAGAACCCCAAUACGGUGAUUGUGCCGACGUCAUCCAGUGGGCAGCACCGCCAGCGGCCUACCUUGGGCGAGGCCAGCAUGCUGGAGGGCGUGGAGGCGUCACUGUUCUACCAGUGCCUGGAGAACUUGUGUGACCGGCACAAGUACAGCUGCCCACCCCCAGCACUCGUCAAAGAGGUCCUAAGCAACGUUCAGAGACUGACCUUCUAUGGAUUCCUCGUGGCCCUCUCAAAGCAUCAUGGGAUCAACCAAGCCCUAGGAGCUUUGCCUGACAAAGGGGACCUGAUGCACGACCCAGCUCUGGAUGAGGAACUAGAACGGCUGCUGGCGCAGAUCCCAGGCCUGGUCAACUCGGUCACUGCCGGUCCAGAGGCCAGCUGCCUGCCUGCCCGGACCCCUCCCCGGGUUGGCUCCCCCUGGAGACCCCUGCAUCACGCCCGCAAAGUGGAUGCAGAGAGCGACGGCUCCACCGAAGAAACAGAUGAGUCCGAGACUUGAGGAGUCUGAAGGGUCCUGUCUACAACGCCCAGUACCCAGCUCCCCGCCCCCCCCCUCCCGUCCAGCCCUUGGGACUCCCGGCCACCUCCUCUCCCACCCCCAUGCCAUGCUGCCCUCUGCUGGUGAAAAGGCCAAAUAACGGCCCCAGCCCAGAGACCCGCCAGAGGGGUUCUAAUGAUCAGCCAAGCUAAGCAGUGACCCUAGCAAGUUAACAGCCUGCUCUCCUGGCUCUGCCAGCCUCUCAUCGGGCCCCCAAGCUGACAGCAGAUUGAGCCGAGGCCACCAGAAAGGUGACUUGGCUUUAGCCUUUUGCUGACGGUCCCUAUCUCCUCACAGCAACUCCAGGAAGAGGGAGACCGUGCAUAACCAUGCAGGACCUUGCAUGGUAAAGGGUGACACCCAGUGAUGCAAGUAUUAGGAGGAUAUAGCCAUGGUGGCCUUCUGCUGGAGGAAUAGCCACUAGCCAUAAGAUGGAGAAGGGUGGGUGAAAAGACUAAUUUCACUUUCAAACACUGCUUCGUCUCCUCUAACAGUUAAAUAUGUGAAAUGAAUAAAGUCCCUUGUGUCUGGUAAGUGGUGAGUCUAAAGCCACUAGACUGAGGGGG